AUGAAAGUCCUGAAUGAGUUGCCCGAAGGCACGAAUGUGGACAGGUAUAAGUUCCUUUCAACCAAAGUUGUCUACGAUUGGAGGCAUCGUGACAAUGAAUGGCAACGGCGAGGCCGGCUUGUGGCCCGAGAGUUCAAGUGGUUAGGUUCAACGGACAUCGCAAGUCUCUUCUCUCCAACGGGAGUGGCGAGCACAGUGAAGUUGCUCUCAGCAAUGUUCGUGUCGUCGAACGACCGCAUACUUGGAAGCAUCGAUGUCGGAGACGCCUACUUAAUGGUAGAGCAAGAAGAACCAACGGUCGUCGAGGUCGAUGGAAAGUACUACGAACUCGGAUUCACGUUGCCAGGACAGCGGAUAGGAUCAAGCGCGUGGUUCAACAAGUUGAAAGGAUACCUCGAAGAGUACGGAUACGCAACGAAGGAAGAGUUUCAGGAAUUGAUCGAAAUGAACGGCAAUGGCCGAACCGGCAAUGGCCGGCGGGUAAGCGAAGGAAAAUUGACAAAGAUCAUUCAAGCCGUCACCAUGGCUGUUCUUGUAGCCUUAGGUGAAGCGAAGAAGUUCGGCGAAGAAGAAGAAAAUGGAAAAGACGAAGGAUUAACGGUGUGCAUGAGAGCUUUGAUUGUGUUAAUAGGAUGCGUAUGUUGCUACUUGAUUCCCGUCGCAGCCGUUUUGCGGAUCAAGCGUUUGAAAGUAGAAGGGAAAAGAAGAAGAGAAGGAAUGGCUGAAGAGGCCCAUUCCGAA